AUGGCCCUCGUUAUGAACACCUCACUUACGGACGCACUCGCGACCCGUAUUCAGCCAAAGCUGGUGGAUAUAGGCUGGAGCAUCGGUGGCGAGGACAGCUCUCCCCUCAGCGAAUACAUAUGCCUCAUGAUCGUGAACGGGAAGAACCAGGAACAGAUUGCGUCAGAGUUGUCGGGCGAUCUGCUUGGACUUAGCCCCGAGGACUCUAGCGCAACUGAGUUUUCUAAAUGGCUGUUCGAGCAGGUGGACGCCUUGAAGGGAAGUGUUAUGGCGGAACAGCAGAAGACAGAGCCGAGCAAUGAGCAGCCAGCACAACAACCUCCGGUGUCAGCCUCGUUAGAUCACGAGAUGGGGGAUCUGAUGGAUGAGAUCGCUCCCCAGGAUGGAGUGCCAACUGCGCCAAAAGCGAUGAGACAGACGAACCAACCGAACCGGCGAUUGAUGAACCAGCUGUUCAAAGCUAUGGAGAGGAAGCCGGAUGACCCCCUUCAUCGCGUCAAUGCGGGGGUAUCCGGCAGAAUCGAUACCCAUAAACGCGAGCCUCCUAAGGGACCGUCAAAAGGCCCGAUGCGGGGAGGUAUGAACAACAACAACCGACCCCAUCAAAAUCGCAUGGGCGGCGGGAGAAAUGGGUUUGCAGGAAAUUUUGGGAACUUGAACCCCCAGCAGCAAAUGCAGUUCUACCAUAUGUUUCAGCAACAGUCGCAGAUGAUGCCGUUCAUUCCAGGACAAACCCCACCACAGCAUAUGAAUAUGCAGAUGCCAGGGCCAAUGGGGGGGCCGAUGGGGCAUAUGGGUGGUCCUAUGGGCGGGCCGAUGAACGCGAUGAACGGACCGAUGGGAGGACCGGUAAGAGGGCCUAUGGGGGGGCCUAUGGGAGGUCAGAUGGGUGGACCAAUGCACCACCAGAUCCCGAUUGGCAUGCCUAUGGGUCCCGAAGACCCAUACCAAAACAAUCUAUCGCAGCCCCGACGGGCCGGCGGAGGAGGAUCAUUAUUCGAUCGCAUACAAGCGCCUCCAGAGCCAUCAACGCAUAACGGAGGAAUGGAUACCAGUGAUGACAUGUCAAUGGAUCAAAGAUCAUCAGGAGACCAAGGUUCCCAAACUCCGCCGAACUCGAAGCCUGAGGAGAUCCCUUGCAAGUUCAGUGCAGGGUGUACAAAGCCAGAAUGCCAAUUUGGACAUCCUUCGCCUGCCGCCUUACCAGGACGUGGUGCUGUAUAUGUUAGUGGAGAAAGGUGCCCCUUUGCCGCUUCCUGUAAGAACCGAAAGUGCACCGGGUCCCAUCCAUCGCCAGCAGCGGUAAGGCCAAGCAUUCCAAAGCCAGACCAGGAGUGCAGGUACUUUCCUAACUGUACGAAUCCUGCUUGUCCUUAUAAGCAUCCUGCUACCACUAUGCCACCUUGCCGAAACGGCCCUAGCUGUACUCGCCCUGGCUGCCACUUUACCCACGCUGAGAUCAAGUGCAAGUUCACCCCUUGCCUCAACCCUACUUGUAUCUACAAGCACGAUGAGGGCCAGCAGAAAGGAUCAUUCGAGCAUAAGAUCUGGACGGCCGGUGGAACAAAAAGCCACGUUAGCGACCGAAAGUUUACCAGCGGCGAGGAGGGUGAGGAAGAGCUUAUCAUUCCUGGACAAGGCUUGGCCGUGGAGCUCGAGAAGGAUAUGGAUACUGCUCUGGUGGAUGACGUUGAGUGA